AUGGCGUGUAGUCGUAAUGCGACUUUACAACUCUACCGGAAUUUAUUGAAGGAAAGUAAAAAAUGGUGCAAUUACAAUUUCAGAGAACACGCUCUACGAAAGAUUCGACACGAGUUUCGUCAUAACAAAGCUUUGAACGAUACAGCAAAAAUCGAAGAUUGUUUUAAAAAAGGAUUGGAAUCUCUCGAAGUAUUAAAAAGACAAGUGACAAUCGGAAAUUUAUACAAAACUGAUAAAUUAGUAAUAGAAUUAAAUAAACGAUGAGAGGCAACGACCAGAAGUACCGGCUCUGUCAAUUUGUUUAUACUGGUAUAUAUAUAAAUAGAACUUGAGGACUUGUUUAACGAUACUGUA